AAUAAUUUCAGGAGACCUUUGACUGAUUCUCUUCGUUUUUGUCAUUCUUCAUCUUCAACUAAUUCUUUUUGAUCUUGUCGUUCUUUAUUUUCAGCUAGUUUUACUAAAGCUUGAAAUAAUUUCAAUUAUUAAAUACGAUCAUCAUUUAAGUUUGAGGAUUUUAUUGGUCCGCGUUUACCAAUAAUCAAUUUGGCAAAAAUUGAAAGUUGAGGAUUUUCUAGUUUAAUUGGAUGCCUGCUACCCAAUAAUCAUGGCUAGUAUAGAGGAAUACGCUGAGCACCUGUCGGUAAAGUCGAAUCUUGGAAGGAUAAUCUCAGACGAAAGCAUUUUGAUGAUAGCCUGUAACAAAGAAGUACGGGAGUGCCUUCGCCAGCUCGAUAUACUGGUUGAUGAUCGAGAGCUUGACCUGAAGAAACAACUUGUUGAUCUUUAUAAGUACUUUACAGAAAGAACGAGACAAUGUCAACAAAAGGAUUUAACUAUUAAGGAGAAAGUUAAGAAGGUAAAGGUACUUGAAUCUCAUGUACGUCGGAUCUCCACAGAGAAAAUGGAAACAGACGAGAUAUACGAGAGAAAUCUGUUUGGGUUCAACUCAAAGGUAGCAACACUUCAAAAUGAACUAGAUCGCCUCACUAAAGAAAAAGAGCACGAAGAAGGGAAGAAUGUGAUCAGCGUGUCAAAUCUCAGGUCAAAUGUCCAGUCACUUUACAAUCAAAUAAAUUGGCUCGUAUCUGAGAAAGAGAAAAUAGAUGAGAUGAAUGUCACACAAAUGUCCGAACUCCAUUCACAAAUAGCAACAAUCCAGCUUAAAAUCGAACUGGCCGUUUCAGAAGAACAGCAAGCAGCGGAGAGGUUUAAGACGCAAGUAUCUUUAUUCAAGACAAAGUUUAGGCAAUUGAACGCAAUGUAUGAGCAACUUCGUUACAUAUUCAAGCAGGAACUACACCAGACGAACGAGGCUGUCUUAAAUGCUGAUACACGAAUGGCAGAAAGGAAACGGCAAAUUCAAGAUCUUUCAGAAAAGUUAGAGUUCAGUUAUGAAACGACUGACAGAAUAAGAACCAAGCUUCUGAAAGAAGUAAGUACUUUAGAUGAUCUAUUUAACUAA